AUGCUGAAUGUGGCAUUUGCUUUAGGAAGCCAAUUCUCCCGCAACAUACACCCACGACAGAGAAGAGACAUCGGCCAGAAGUUCUGGGAUAGGGCUCAGGCACUUUUUAACCCUUACCUUCAUUUCGGGGCAUCGCUGGAGAGAGUUCAAUGCCUCUUGAUGAUGGGGCUGUUUCUCCAGAGUACUUGUGAAUCCCACCAAUGUUGGAUGAUAAUUGGUGCUGCUGUCCGCAUGGCACAGAGUCUAGGGUUACAUCUAUCCUCAUCCUCCAAAGAUGGUGAUGGUGCUCGAAAGGUGCAGAUAGCACGAAGAGUUUGGCACGGGUGUGUAUUCAUGGAUCGGGUGCUAUCCAUGACUUUUGGGCGGCCCAGUAUGAUUGCAAAUUGGCUUUCUGACGCUGUCCCGCUGCCCCUCAUGAUUGACGACGACUACCUAGAUAUGGUUAACGAAUCCUCGGCCGUCCGGCCAGAUGGAAAGUCAACAGAGGUGGCAUUCUUCAUCAAGUCUCUCGAACUGUAUAGAAUCACGAACAACUCGCUUCUUGAAUUGUAUAUAAGGCCACUGGAAAUGCAAGUGCAAGACCAACAGCCCCUGGCAUCAGUUCUCGAAUUUGACAGCACGCUGACUCGGUGGGCUUGGACAAUACCUGACCAGUUGUGCUACACACCAGAGGAGGGAAAAACGUACCAGAGCUUCAUUCUUGAAAGACAGAGGAUUGUACUUCGGUCGCGCUAUCUCCAUUCUCGGAUCCUGAUUCUUCGGCCAGUCGUGGCUGAGGCAUGCUUGAAGCAAACCCACUCCCAGAACUCCAGAGGUUACUCCUCGAUAGAUCGAAGCCUAUCGCAGAACAUGGUCAAUCAAUGCUGUACGCUGUGCUUCGAAUCUGCACAUGAACUUAUCAACAUAAUUUACGACAACCUGGACCUCCAAACAGUCACUGGGCCUGUCCCCGCAUGGUGGUUUUCCGUCUUAUUUAUUUAUACUGCAGCAACGGUAUUGCUUGCAGAGAUUCUCAAGCCCCCUGACCCAAGUAUGCCUUCAGCAACCUCAGAGCACCGAUCGCUAGGCUCAGAAUGGGACAAGGCCAUUGAACUACUCAAGGCCUAUGCCCAGGUAGGUGAAUCGGCAGAGCGUUGUGUGGCGGCACUAGAGAUUCUGUCCUCGAAGAUCCAUGGCGGAUCAGUGCAACCAAGCCAGAGAGCCAAGGGGAUUUCGACCUGUGGAGGGCAACAUUCGCAUCAAGCCACAGCAGGAAACCUGGAAAACUGGGAAAAUCCAGAAGCUCCCAUUCCAAUCGACCUUGGUGACAUGGAUUUCGAUGUCAGCGACAUGUUUUGGCUCAAUGGAUCUACUGCUGACAUUCUUUUUCAAUGA